UGAUGUGGGAGGUAAUAUGAUUUUCUCUGCACGCUUUCCACUCCUAUAAAUAAGACGUCCUUGUUCGUCUAGUUGUGUUCUUCUUCUUGUUUUGUGUCGUUAGUCACUCACUCACUCUCCAACAGCUAUGGCGGAUUCUGUUGCUGAUGUCACUCACAACGUUCACUCUAUUCUCUCUUCUUCCGAUAGAGACUUUCUUCUUCGAAACACCGGCGAUCAGGUUAAAAUUGAUAGCUUGAAGGGAAAGAAACUUGGUUUCUAUUUUUCAGCAUCAUGGUGUGGUCCGUGUCGAGGAUUCACUCCAAAGUUGGUGGAGGUGUACGAUGAACUCUCUCCAAAUGGUGAAUUUGAGGUUGUUUUUGUCUCAGCCGAUAAAGAUGAUGAGGCUUUUAAGAGCUACUUUUCCAAGAUGCCAUGGCUAGCUAUCCCAUUUUCUGAUUCAGAGACACGCGGUCGCCUUGAUGAAUUGUUUCAUGUCAACGGAAUUCCUCAUCUUGCAUUGCUUGAUGAAGCUGGAAAAGUUAUUACUGAAGAUGGAGUUGACAUUAUCCGUGUUUAUGGAGCUGAAGCAUACCCUUUCACAUCAAAAAGGGUUCAAGAGUUGAAAGAUAUAGAAGAGGAAGCUAAGAGGAACCAGUCCUUGAGAUCGAUAUUGGCCUCUCGUUCCCGUGACUUUCUGAUAUCAUCCGAUGGAAAUGAAAUACCUAUCUCUGAGCUUGAGGGAAAGACAGUUGGUUUGCAUUUCUGUGCGACUUCAUACAGAGCAUGCACGCUAUUUACUCAAAAGCUUAAGGAGGUUUACAAGAAGCUGAAGGAAAAUGGGGAGAACUUUGAGGUCGUGUUUAUACCUUUAGAUGAUGAGGAAGAUGCAUUCAAGAAAGAAUUAGAAAGUGCGCCUUGGUUAUCCUUGCCUCUCAAGGACAAAACCUGUGCGAAAUUAAUUCAGUACUUUGAGCUAUCAGAACUCCCCACCUUGGUUAUUAUUGGGCCAGAUGGGAAAACUCUUCAUCCUAAUGCCGCUGAGGCCAUUGAGGAUCAUGGGGUUGAUGCGUAUCCAUUCACUCCUGAAAAGUUUUCUGAACUCGAUGAAAUAGCAAAGGCCAAGGAGGCAUCUCAAACACUUGAGUCCGUUUUGGUGUCUGGCGAUCAAGAUUUUGUCAUUGACAAAGACGGGAAGAAGAUUCCGGUAUCAGAAUUAGUGGGGAAAACUGUCCUCCUCUACUUCUCAGCCCACUGGUGUCCUCCAUGCCGUGCGUUUCUUCCAAAACUCAUUGAGGCAUACCAUAAGAUUAAGGCACAAAACAAUGAUGCACUUGAAGUGGUUUUCAUCUCAAGUGACAGGGAUCAAGAAUCGUUUAAUGAAUUCUUUGCGGGAAUGCCAUGGCUGGCACUUCCCUUUGGUGACACGAGAAAAGAAUUCUUGAGUCGCAAAUUCAAGGUAUCUGGCAUCCCCAAGCUCGUGGCGAUUGGACCAAGUGGCCAGACUGUCACGAAAGAAGCUCGGGGUCUGGUUGGGCUUUAUGGGGCAGAUGCUUAUCCUUUCACUGAAAAGAGAAUAAAAGAAAUAGAGGCACAAAAGGAUGACAUUGCAAAGGGGUGGCCUGAGAAGGUGACGCAUGAAACACAUGAGCACGAGCUUGUAUUGUCGCGCCGCAAUGUUUAUUGCUGCGAUGGUUGCAAGGAUGAGGGAGAUACUUGGUCAUACUUAUGUGCAGAGUGUGACUUUGAUCUCCAUCCAAAUUGUGCGCUGGGAGACAAAGGAAGCAUAAAUGGUGCCAAGGAAGAAGAGAAGCCCAAAGAUGGAUGGGUUUGUGAUGGAGAUGUCUGCACCAAAGCCUGAAAUCUGCUUGUUUUAUGUUGGUGAUUACUGGUUUUAGUCAUAUGCUUGUGAUGUUAGUUCUAAUAUGUCUUGUGAGUUGUAUAAAAUAAUUUGAAUCUUUGGAUAUUGUGAUAUGGAUGAUCAUCUUUAAUGUGUGAUUUAAUCUUGUGCAUGAGUCACCCUGCCAAAAA